AACACUCUCUCUCUCUCUCUCUCUCUCUGGCCCCCUUUUUCUUUCUUUCCACAGAGUUCUUAUCUCGCCGCACUCCUUCAAUGGCUUCCUCUCUCCCUCUCUCUCUCCUCCUCCAAAUCUCAUGCAUUUCCCUCCUAUUGGCUCUGCUAAUCUCACCCGCCGCACAAGCAGCCACCUGCACCUCACCGACAUUCAAAAACAACAAGGUCUACUCCAACUGCAACGACCUCCCCGCCCUCAACUCCUACCUCCACUGGACGUACAACCGCUCCAACUCCUCCCUCUCCAUUGCCUUCGUCGCCGCCCCCGCCAAGACCGGCGGCUGGGUCGCUUGGGCCAUCAACCCCACAGCCGAAAAAAUGGCCGGGUCUCAGGCCCUACUGGCCCACCUAACGACCGACGGCACCCCGGUCGUCAAAACCUACAACAUCAGCUCCUACAGCUCCAUCAUUCCAGGAAAUCUCUCGUUCGACGUCUGGGACAUCAGCGCCGAGUUCUCCAACAGCACCUACAUGAUCUUCGCCACCGUCAAGGUCCCAGAAAACAAGGAGUCCGUCAACCAGGUCUGGCAGGUGGGCCCCGGAGUCAACACCACCACUGGUUUCCCUGAAAAGCAUGACUUUGCCCCCGCCAAUCUCAGGUCCUAUGGCCUCUUGAACUUGGUAGCUAAUGCCACCACUAACUCCACUACCAAUACCACCUGUGGGGCUUUGAGGCCUAGGUGUGGAGGAAACAUGGGCUUGUUUUCCGUUUUGUUUUCGGUUGGUAGAGCUCUCGCAACGGUUGGUGGAGCUCUCGCUGAAUUUCUAAAUUUGGUAAGCUUAGUUUUAUUUUUUUACUCUUUUUACUCUUCUCGUGCUUAAUAUUAACGUGAUUGAAAUCAUUGAGGUUGAUUGUAUCGAUCGAAGAAGAGACGGAGGUUUCAGGCCUUUCGCACUUAUUUAGGUGGAAGAAUAUUUGUUAUUAUAUUCCAUGAUAUUAUGAAUCCCACUUUGAUUGAAA